AUGUUAUUGUUAUUUUUAUUAGUUCUGAGUACUCGUGCAGAUUUGCCAGUACAUUGUUUGCGUCAUCAGAUAGUGGGAAAAUGGCAAUUAGAGUUUACAGAACCUUAAAUUAAAGGUAAAUUGAUUGAUUCACCUAGGUAGUGGACCAUUGACUUGUGGCCAUAAUGUACCUGAUAAUGAACGAACAUCAUAAAUUGCAGGAUAGAAUACAUUUAAAAAAGCUUUUUCAUACGAAGUAAUACUGACUGCGAAAAACAAUGUUAUAUAAAAAAAGAGAAUGCAAGGAAAAUGGACAAUGGUGUAUGAUGAAGGUUUUGAAGUAGAUUUUUUAAAUUACAAAUGUUUUGCUUUUUCAAAAUAUAAGACAAACUAUUCUGGAGCAUAUUCAUACUGUGGAGAAACUUUAAUUGGAUGGUAUUAGAAUACAGAAACGAAUGAAAGAGGGUGUUAUAGAGCAUAUAAAGUAGAAAAGACUCAUAAAGUGUCUGAGGGUGCAAAUAAUGGACAUGUGGUUUAGCCUUAAUUCUUUUAGUACUAGAAUUCAGGGAUAAAUAAAGUUUGGUCUAGAAUUGAUGCAUUAAAUUUUGUUGAGUAAAUCAAUCGAGCAAAUUUAUAAUGGAAAGCUAAGGCUUAUGGUGAAAUAAUUGGGUUGACUACAAAAUAAUUGAAUAGGUAUGCAGGUAGAAAAAAGCAUUCGUCUACAAUUUUAUUGGAAAAAUAGAAAAAAAGAAAAUAGAUAUUGGAAUAUGAUUUAAGUCAUUUACCAAAAGAAUUCUCAUGGGAGAAGUACUUAGGAAAGAAGAUUUAUGAAUAAAAGGGAUGUGGUUCCUGUUAUACAAUUUCAACAAUGACUAUGCUUUCAGCUAGAUUAAAAAUAAAGGGUUUAAAAGCUGAUUUAUCACCUUAAUAAUCAAUUGAUUGCAAUUAUUAUAAUUAGGGUUGUGAUGGUGGUUAUCCAUUUUUGGUUGAAAAAUAUUUGACAGAAUAAGAUGGAUUUAUUUUUGAAGAGAAAGAAUAUCCAUAUAAAGGUUAGGUAGGUGAAUGUAAAAUAGCAGAAAAGAAGAAAAGAUUUAGAGUUAUAAAUAAUAGAUUUAUAGGAGGAGCUUAUGGUAAAUCCAAUGAAUUGAACAUAAUGGAAGAAUUAUAUAAAAAUGGCCCAGUAGUUUUGAAUUUUGAGCCAUCUUUUGAUUUCAUGUUUUAUGUUGGUGGAGUGUUUCAUUCGACAACUCCAGAUUGGAUUAUAAAUGGAUUAGCCAAACCUGAAUGGGUAUGAUUGAUAAAAUUAAUAUAAAAAGGAAAAAGUAGAUCAUUCAGUAUUGUGUUAUGGAUGGGGAGAAGAGAAUGGCAUAAAAUAUUGGUUAUUACAAAAUAGUUGGGGUAAACAGUGGGGAGAGAAUGGUAGAUUUCGAAUGAAAAGAGGACUAGAUGAAUCUUCUAUUGAAAGUAUGGCAGAAGCAGCAGACAUAGAGAUUAUUCAUGAUUCUUGAAA